CAUUAUGCUGCUACAGUGGAGAAGAUCAGCAAGCCUCUGAAAAUGUCUUUUAAUAUAUUAUAAAUGAUCUUGUAGCCAAAUAUUAAUGGUGCAUAUGUGCAUGCAGCAUGAUUGUGUGUGAAGAGGGGUGAUUCCGAUAUGGGAUGUUCUCUGUAACGCGCAUCAGCACGAGCUUCAUCACAGAGGGCAACCAGGUCACGUGAUCACGAGGAGUCCCGGCCGGACAGGAGAAAUGUCCGUUCAUCUGCUCAUCGGCGAUUCAGCUCUAACUCUUCAAACAUUCACCCGAUCACAGUACAGAUGCUAUUUAGUCAGAUAUAAAUGUGACACAGUGGACUGCAGCGAGCAGCGUCGGUGAAAGCGGCUGCGUCAGCAGAGAACACACGCGUCGCGUCUUGCCGCAGCAUCCUUGAGGUCGCGGACAGAGCCGAGUUUUGAUGGACCGUAUGAAGAUCAUUAAAAAGCGCCUGUCCAUGAGCCUGCAAAGCGUACGGCGUUUGGACGAGAGUCUGUCCGAGCUUCCUGAAGAUACGGGACUGGAUGAGCCUCCCUUGUCACGAGAGAUUGGUGUAGUCCAUGGGAAGAUGUGGUCAGAUGGAGAAAGUGAUCAAGCUUCAGGAACCUCCUCUGAUGAAGUUCAGAGUCCUGUAAGAGUGCGCAUGCGUAACCUUCAGCAGCGCAUCUCUAAUGAGGACAUCAAUAAGCGUCUCUCACUGCCAGCGGAUAUUCGUUUGCCAGAAGGUUACCUAAAGAAAUUUGCCUCAAACAGCCCACCGUUUGACAAACCUCUGAGUCGAAGGUUUCGCAGGACGUCACUUUCAGAAAUCGGCUUUGGCAAAUUAGAGUCGUAUGUCAAACUGGACAAACUGGGAGAGGGCACAUAUGCCACAGUGUUUAAGGGUCGUAGUAAAUUAACGGAUAACCUAGUGGCUCUGAAAGAAAUCCGGCUGGAGUAUGAGGAAGGCGCACCCUGCACCGCCAUACGAGAAGUGUCUCUCCUGAAGAACUUGAAACAUGCCAACAUCGUCACGCUCCACGACAUCAUUCACACAGAGAAGUGCCUUACACUAGUCUUUGAGUACUUGGAGAAGGAUCUCAAACAGUAUCUGGAGGACUGUGGGAGCAUAAUGAGUGUUUAUAAUGUAAAGAUUUUCCUGUUUCAGCUAUUGCGAGGUCUAGCUUAUUGCCAUCGGCACAAAGUUUUGCACAGAGACCUAAAACCUCAGAACCUUCUGAUCAGCGACAGGGGAGAGCUCAAACUCGCUGACUUCGGUCUUGCACGUGCGAAGUCAGUGCCCUCGAAGACCUUCUCUAAUGAAGUGGUCACUCUCUGGUACAGACCUCCAGAUGUGCUGCUGGGAUCAACAGAGUACUUCACCUCCAUCGACAUCUGGGGUGUAGGAUGUAUAUUCUAUGAAAUGAUCACCGGACGCCCUCUCUUCCCUGGGUCGACAGUGGAGGAUGAACUUCAUCUUAUAUUUCGCAUCUUGGGUUCUCCUACUGAGGACUCUUGGCCAGGAGUCAGUGUCAAUGACAACUUCCUGUCAUACAACUUCCCUCACUAUGACGGAGAACCUCUGAUCACUCAUGCACCCAGGAUCACAAAUGAUGGUCAUGAUCUGCUAUGCCAGUUAUUACAGUUUGAAGCAAGUCGGCGUAUUUCUGCAGAAGCGGCUCUUCGGCACAUUUAUUUCAGAGAACUGGGAGACAAAGUGCAGGACCUGGAUGACACUACCUCCAUCUUCUCCGUGAAGGAUAUUCGGCUGCAGAAGGACCCGGGAAAACACUUUCCAGCUCAAAGAGAGUUGGCGGUGGUCCAUCGAAUGGGCUCUGCCCCACCUGAACAUUUCCUCUCUGAAGGAGUAAAUCGUCUUCUUCAUCCUGCCCCGCUCUCUUCAUAGACCUGCUAGACUUUGCUUUCCUGUGCACCUGUUGUGUAACAUACUGUUUGUCUUUCUAAGUUCUCUUUUAUCGUCUUUUUUAUUGUUUUUAUUUGCACAUAUUUUGUCUCUGUAUGUAAAUAUCAGUAUGAAGUAAGAAAUAAAAUCAUUAUGAUAGGCA